AUGGCAUCAAAAGGAAUGAAAGUUGUAAUGAUUGGUCCAAUAAAGGUAAAAUAAUUAAAGAUUACUUUGACUUUGUACCAAUUUAAGAGUGGCAAGACUUUAAUUUCAACGUAUCUCUCGGACUCUACGGAAAAUCUAAGGAUGGAAUACAAACCUACUCAUGGUGGGUUUGGAAAUUCAUGAAAAAUCUAACAUUUAUAUUACACUACUUAUUGUUUAGGGGUACGAAUAAUCGAAUUUGAAAGUAUCGAAUUAAGUUCGGGAGAUCAGAGAAUAGAGCCCGAGGUGGAGUUGUGGGACUGCAGUGGAGACCGGAGAUACGAGACAUGUUGGCCGGCAAUGCGACGCUUUGUGGACGCUGUAAUCAUCACUUGUAAUCCCGGCGAAACGAAAGGCGACGAUCUAAUUUUGUGGUAAGUAGAGCUGUAUUCAACCGAACACAACUGAGACGAUGGCAUUUAUCAUCGGAGUAGGAAAAGGAAAACGAAAUUGGAACAUGGGAAUAUGUUGGAAAUAUAUAUAUCUUAAAUGGAAUAAUUAAAUUUACGGAAAAGGGGUCAGCCUUGGAGUCUGCGUCUUCAGAAUCCGCGGAAUCCGCGAAGAAAACGACUGCAAAAGUUUAUAGCAUGCCAUAAAGCAGAUCGAGGUAUCUUCUUCAGUUUAACGGCCUUCAGAAUCUCCGCGCGAGCGCCGUUUCUUAAUGGGCCGUUCCUCAAGAGUAGUUUUUUUGUAAUCAUGCCGCGCUUUUAAUGUUAUUAAGCAUGAAAAACCUCAAAUUUUUGAUUCGAUAGACACAAAAACAACCAUUCUGAAUCUAAUCCCAUUUUAAAUCAAGUUGACAUCCACUUAUUUACAGACGAAAAAAGAUUUUUAGAUUCCACUUCAAAGUAGAGGAAUUGAUGUUACAGCUGCAGCGAAACAUAAAAUUUGUAAUCGAGUUAAUGCGCAUUUCCACUUUUACUACCAUAAUCCGGAUACAGUUUUAACAUAACGGGGCUCUAAAAGUAAAGAUUAAAGCAAUUAGAGGGAUCCCUCUAAUUAGCCGCAAAUGUUUGUCUUGAAUAUUAUUGUAUCACAGGAUCCGUUUCCCUCCCCAAAUGGAGACCGUUCAGAGCUCUGGUCACAGUUUGAUUUCAUUCCCUAAAAGCCUAUAUACGGUCAUAAAUUACAGUCCAGUAAAGAGUGAUUUAAACAGCCUGGAGGUUCGUUCAUUUAAAGUCCUUUCUGCGCUCCCCCACCCCUCCCAUAAAAGUUAAUAAACCGUGAAGAAAUAAGAUCCGAGGACAUUCUAAUGACAUUAUUUUAGGCACAAUGAGUUUGUGCAGAAAGUCGGGCUCCGGCCUCAGCAAGCGAUUGUAUUUUUGCAUCACUCGUCAGAGAAUACGAACGAUUCAGCCAUCGCUGAUUUUAAAUUGCCUCAGGAAAUGAUGGGAAUACGAUGUGUGCCAGUAAAUGUGGAUAGGGAAGGCGACCAGCUCAGAAAAGAGUUCAGCAACUUCUUAUACAAUGUCAGCAAUGAAUAUAUAUAA